AUUCGCUACAGAUAUGACUGGCUGGCUUCUCUGCUGCUCCUGUGCCCCAGCACUUGCUACCCCAUGAUUUCAGAUAACAGACAUAAGUGAGUUACAAAACGUGUGGUAAGAAACCAAAAGCAACCUGCCUUUAUUGAGUUCUCAACAACAUAAUCGACCCCUUGGUACAUUAUCAAGAUGCAUUAGGAAACUGGAUACAGUGCCAAAAGAACCCCAAGCGUUUCCAUGACUCUCUUGGACCCCGACUUGGAUACUUUUGGAUAUAUAUUUCUGUUCUAAGAAGAAGAGUGUGUACUCCAAUUCCCUUCUGCCAGCUUGCUGGCAGAGAUAUUUCACUAAGAUCAUGGACCAUCCUAAUAGGGAAAAGGAUGAAAGGCAGCGGACAACAAAAGGAAUGCCGGGAAGGAGCGGGCAUGGUUCUCGACCAAGUUCAUCGGCAUCUUCUGGCGUUCUUAUGGUGGGACCCAACUUCAGAGUUGGCAAGAAGAUUGGGUGUGGGAACUUUGGAGAACUCAGACUAGGUAAAAAUCUCUACACCAAUGAAUAUGUAGCGAUCAAACUGGAACCAAUAAAAUCACGUGCACCACAGCUUCAUUUAGAAUACAGGUUUUAUAAACAACUUGGAAGUACAGCUGAAGGUCUUCCCCAGGUGUAUUACUUUGGACCGUGUGGAAAGUACAACGCCAUGGUACUAGAGCUGCUUGGUCCUAGCUUGGAAGAUUUAUUUGACCUUUGUGAUAGGACGUUCACUUUGAAGACGGUAUUAAUGAUAGCCAUCCAGCUGAUAUCUCGGAUGGAGUACGUGCAUUCAAAGAACCUCAUCUACCGAGAUGUCAAGCCAGAAAACUUCCUCAUCGGCCGGCAAGGCAAUAAGAAAGAGCAUGUCAUUCACAUCAUAGACUUUGGAUUGGCGAAGGAGUACAUUGACCCAGAAACCAAAAAACACAUACCUUACAGGGAACACAAGAGCUUAACUGGAACAGCGAGAUACAUGUCCAUCAACACGCAUCUUGGCAAAGAGCAAAGUCGUCGAGACGACUUAGAAGCCCUUGGCCAUAUGUUUAUGUAUUUCCUCCGAGGCAGUCUGCCCUGGCAAGGAUUAAAGGCUGACACGUUAAAAGAAAGGUAUCAGAAGAUUGGGGACACAAAGAGAAACACUCCGGUUGAAGUUCUCUGUGAGAACUUUCCAGAGGAGAUGGCCACGUACCUCCGUUACGUUCGGCGGUUAGACUUCUUUGAGAGACCAGACUACGAUUAUUUACGAACCAUCUUCACAGAGCUGUUUGAAAAGAAAGGCUACACCUUUGACUAUGCCUAUGACUGGGUUGGGAGGCCAAUUCCUACUCCAGUGGGAUCUGUUCAUGUCGAUUCUGGGACGUCUGCAGUAACGAGAGACAGCCACAUCCACAGGGACCGGCCAUCACAGCAGGCCCUUCGCAAUCAGGCAUCAUCAGAUCGCCGAGGGGAGUGGGAGAUCCAGCCAAGCCGGCAGACAAAUACCUCGUACUUGACAUCUCAUUUGGCUGCAGAUCGGCACGGAGGAUCAGUACAGGUGGUUAGCUCAACCAACGGGGAGCUGAACGUGGAUGACCCGACGGGGGCACACUCCAACGCACCAAUAACAGCGCAGGCAGAGGUGGAGGUGGUGGAGGAAGCUAACUGCCUGAAAAUGCUCAACUUGUGGUGCUGCUGCUUCUUUAAGAGGAAACGGAAGAAGACGGCUCAGCGUCACAAGUGACCGGUGCCUCCUGGGCCUUGCAGGAACCACCGCGCCUGCAGCUCCUGCCCUGUCUCACUGGAAGGGGCUUCUCUUUAGGGGGGAGGAGGAGGCAUAGGAGGAAGAGAGAAAAAAAAAAAAAAAAAAGUGACAUUUUAAACCAAAAAGUGAAGAAAACGUUCCAAAACAAACCACUCUGGGGUGGAUCUGCUGAAUGGUCUCCCUCGUUCACUCCAAGCCUGAAGCUCCUUUUGGGACCAGGACUGUGGCUGGCUCAGGUCUUGGUCGCCCUGGGAGGGGGGCUGGCUGGCUGACCCUCCUUCCCGUUGUUUACGGCGAAGGCAUCCUUCACGCAAACCUGAGGACUGUGCUUAGUUCCUGCUCACUUUCCUCCCCUCCCUCCCCUGUGCUCUCUGCUCCUCCAUCCUCCUCCCUCCUUAAUUAAGCGAAGAAAUACCAUAGGCUUGAUUGGCUGUCCAGAGGGCAGGAGGAUGCAGUGCAGGCAGGAGAGUUUCGAGGGAGAAGGGCCUGACUGCUGCAGCAGUAAGAGACAGGUUCCCUUUGCGGCUCCUUGGGAACAGUUACACUGUAAUGUGCAAGCUGUGAGAAAUUUGCAAUCUACUGUUCCAGUUAGGUUUUUUUCCAGGCUCCCUUGACACACUUCCCUCCUCUGACGGUAACAGAGCAAUGUGGAUUGUUUUAAAGAAGCUGACGUCGUUGCACUUUUUAUUAUUUUUAGCAUUUACAGAUGCACAUUGUAUCUGUGGAUCUCUGCGUGGCCGCACAGUGCCAGCGCAGACAGACAUUCAGCUGGGAAGAUGGUGGGGUGCAAAGAAUGCCCUCGAGUGGGGAUGUCGACGACAUCCAUACGACCCUCGUGCCAAUCUGGGGUUCCCGACAUCCGCCUUGGGCCAUAUGCUGAGGGAAAGCAUACUUGAAUUUUCAAUCACCCUUUCUAGCUGCCAGUGAAUGUCCCUACCAUGGUUUCCUAUGCGGUGCCUGACCCAGCUGGCCAGGAGACGCAAGGCUUUGGCAGGGGAGAGCAGCAUCAGCUUUGCUGAGCUGGAGUUUGCGCUGGCUUAGGAGGUAGACCUGGAUUCAGGUAACUGGGAGGCAGCUGUUUCCCAAAGCAUUUCUCGCUGUGGGCAACUGGACAGCCUUCUCCUAUCCCUCCAGCAGGAUGGUUGUGAACACGUACCUUCUGUGAGAAAACAUUAGCAGGAGCAAAGCUUCCCCGGCGAGGGAGAGGAUACUUCACUGCCUUAACACUGAUUUCAUCUCCAGAUGGUCAGAUAGGUUUGACUGGAAUAGCCUUCACGUCCUCUCUGCGAGCAUGGGUCUGGGGCACGUGGGACGCCAUCCCACCUCAUAGGAGAAGCCACGGUUCUCGUGCAUCGCUUUUGAGCCAAACCAAUAGCUAGCAAAGGGCUUGGGGCACUUUGCACAUGUGUAAAAAAAAAAAAAAAAUCUUGCAUCCUGCUGCAGCGAUUCCAAACUCGGAGAAGGCCUGGGCUGCCUGGAGAUUACUGUAGAUGGGGCAGGGCUUCAGGAGAACUUGAGCAGCUUUUGGGGAGAUUGUGAAUAGGUUCCUUUUACUUUGGCUUUCCACAUGUGACACCUGACCAGGCUGGGACUGUUCACUUGAGGGACUUCAGUUGUCAUAAACUUGGGCCUGGCUCACCCCAAAAAUCCCAGAGAGCAUGAGGGGAAGAAAGGCAGAGACUAGAUCUCAUCUUUUUAUUAUUUUAAUGAUGAUCUGUGUAGCUUGGAGUUUGUGGAGUUCCACUCCUGGGAGGUUUGAUUCCCCUGGCUGGGCAGGAGCAGGUUAAAGGGUAGGAGAUCAUGCUGGGUAGGGAGCUUCUGGGCUUGCUCUUUGUGAAUCCCUGCAGCAGGGUGGAACAGCCUUGCUCCCUUGCCGGGAUCCCCGUGGGGCAUCUCUUCGCCAUUCUCUGCUGCGUUCUCUCCAUGCCUUACCCCGACGAGCGUGGCUUGGAGGCACAGAGCUCUCUGCUCAUGCACCCACCAGGAGAUGCGUGCACCCCACUUCUCGUUCCGCAAAGCGCUUUCCUCGAGCCAUGCCGUGGGCUGAGGCUUCGCCCGCUCGUCCCCUCCUGCCAGAGGACAGGGACUGUGGCCACGUUUCCACCCUUCUCUUUCUGAACUCCUCCGCUGCCAGUGGUUCCCAGAAGCCCGGUGUCUCUGAUGCAGGCGUUCCCCUCUCUGCUGUAGGAAACCAUGGUUUGGCAUCUUGGGAGGGGGGGCAAGGGGCACAGGCGCUCCCCAGGAGCAGUCCUGCCCGCUGCAGAUGGAACCAGGCCCUGAGAUGCUUCUGUUGCUGCCCUCCCAAGCCCCACUAAGUGCCUGUCACCAGAACUUGAUUCCUUCUGCAUCUCCUGCCGUGUUUGGUCAUUCCUCGCUGCCUCCUGUCAAGGAGCAGCUUGUAGUUGCAGCAUAUGUAAGUGUUUGCAGGGUGAGGGAGGGCGGGGGGGAAAAGGGGCCAUCUCAACAGUUUUUGUUCUUAAAUGUUUUUUGUUUUUGUUUUUGGGUUUUUUUUAAAGUGAAUGUAUUUGAUUGUUUAGAAACUUUCCUGACCUUGUUUUUAAGUGGGUUGGUUUGAAAGCUAUUUCACAGUGACCCACUACCGCUUCUCUCUGGAGAUACGAUGUUCUUUUAAUCCUAUGAUGAUGUGUUUGUAGGGGAGGACUGUCCCCCCACGGCAUGCUGGUAAUGCUCACUUGUACCAAGCCCUCUUGCACUAUAAUCGUACGUUGGACUCUUCAAAAGGGCAGAUAUGUGGGGUGGCUUUUUUUUAAAAAAAAAAGAAAAUAAAC